AUGGAUAUUUUUGUCAUUAUGGAUGCAGCUGUCUUGCCAUACAUACUUGAUCCAAAUUUUGAAAAAUAUUUGCCGGUUAUUCCAAGCGAAGUCAACGAAUUCAAAUUUACGUGGAGGAGCCCGGAGCAAGAAUACUUCUACGAGUUUUUCAAGCUCAAAUCCUUGCAAGAUAACAUCUUGUCGGAUCCAAUAUUAUCUAUCGAUAAGAAAGGCAAAGUACCAAGAAAGAAUAAAUCAUUUUCGGUAACUCUACUCUGUGCUGGUAACAAAAGUAGUGUUGCCUCGUUUGAAAUUGGCUUAAAAAUUGAGAAUGCACGUGGAUUUUUUUUGCCUGGAACUCCAUUGCUAUUGCGACUACGUAAGCAGUGUUCAACCCAAACUGGUCCUGAUCCCGAAUGUGAUAAAAAAUGUGCUAACGGAGGACGAUGUAAUAGUAACAAAUUCUGUGAAUGUCCUAAAGGAUAUAUGGGAAAAUAUUGCGAAUCAGCACUGUGUUAUCCGAACUGCAUGAAUGGUGGAACUUGUGUCUCGCCCGGAAUCUGCGCAUGCCCGGAUGGAUAUCAAGGCCCUCAUUGUGAAGGAGGUUUGUGCAGUAAUCCUUGUUUAAACCUUGGCAAAUGUGUAGGAAAAGACAAAUGCUUUUGCAGAAGGGGCUAUUAUGGACUCAGAUGCGAGUAUAGUAAGUGCAAAAAUGUUCCAUGUCUCAACGGUGGAAGGUGCAUUGGAAUCAAUAGAUGCCGGUGCAAAAGAGGUUUUACAGGAAGUCAGUGUGAAAACCAAGACAAAGUCGAGAUUGUCAGAGAAGUUUGCAAGAAAAAAUGCAUCCAUGGGAUUUGUAUCAACAAACAUUGUUCUUGUGAAAAUGGCUGGUUUGGUGGCAGAUGCAACAGGAGACGACAGAAAAGGAGAGGGCAACGGAAGCUACACUGAAUAAAUUAAGAACUUCAUUUAUCAAGAGCACAACUUCUCAAUCGGAUGAUGAAUUUCAAAGAGACUGAAGUUGGUAAAUUUACCACUUGCUGUGUGUGCCAAAAUAUUUUUCUCAAAAGAAAAAAGCUAGAAGUUUAGGGCACAAAUCAUUGUGGUGUGUUUGUCAGGGCUUAGUAGAAAAUAGGAGGGGGUAGAGCAGAGCGCAUCUCACAGAACUCGCUAUCCUAAUUAAAAGGUUGUAAAAUUUCACUGACUACAAUAUAAAAUCAGAUGCAAGGAAAAAAAAUUAUAAUCUGAACUUCAUCGUAAGAUAAGUUUUUAUAUAAUUUUGAAGUAUUUAGGCCAAUUUAAUUUUUACUAUUUUUCAACAUGUGGUGAAACCAACUCGUACUUUUAAUAUAAAAGUAAUGACUUUGCUUACACAUUUUAACCAUGAAAUUACUGGGUGUUUGAGCAGUUUAAUACACAAGAAUGAAAUUGUUUCAAGAAUUCUCAAAUGGAAGUUGAGAGAUGUAAGAGGAACUUUUUGCAGUUUUGAGUAAAACAUGUUUAAAGUUCAGAUCCUACUCAGGCUUUCAUUGAAUUUGUUUUCUAAAUCAUGCUGUAUAGCAGCACCUAUCGGAGCUACUAGUACCAUUUCUUGCCCCACAACAGAAAGAUGUUUUCCUAACAUUUGCACUAGUUUUCUCAAAAUUUUUAGUUUUGGCACUUACAUCCCUUUGCUUCUUACUGCCUUAAUUGUAAUACACACACACAUAUAUAUGAAGAAAUAAAAAGGUGAAGACUAGUAACAUUGUGAUAAAAAUAGACAGAAAAUCACCUUUGUAGACAUCUUAAUUUUUAGCUGAACAGAACAAAGCCGUAUUAGUCACAUGAGUGUGAAUGUAAAUUGAAUGGGAUGUUCAAGAGUGAAAACAUACAAUCAUCCAGCAUGUGAAAGCCCUAUACUCCAAUAACUGGAAGGAAAAUUAAAAAAAUGUGUUUUUAAUAGAAGCACAAUGAGCUCAAAAUUAAAUUGGCCUAAACUUUGUCAGCUUACAUCAUGUACCAGAUGACUGUAAACUUAGCUAUAUAGUUUAGGAAUUUUAUUUCCAAUUAUGAGGUGAUGUCAUAAACUUUUAUUCAUAUAAAUUAUUCGAAUUUUGAACUUCUGAGGAAAACUAUAUUUCUCUAAAAUAUAAACUGUCUAAAAAUUUUAUCAAUUCCCUGCACUUUUUACAACAGAUAUGUUUCCAAAAUUAUACCAUGAUAUGGUCAUAAAAAACAUGUAGAAGUGGAAGCUUUGGGUUAAAUUAGAAUAUAAUAAUCAAAUUAGCAAAUUACCAUUUAGCGGGCAACAACCAUCAUCCAUAUGAAUAAUAUUCAAGCUAAAACUUGGGAGAAAACAACAAAAGUCCACACAGAAAUCAAGAUUGCAUACAUGGCCUUGUAUGGGAAAAAUAGACAAGUAGUUCAAGUCUAGCUUGCUGUAAUCUAAUAUCAACAGCAUCUAGGAAGUUCACAAGCACUUUGAGAUUCAUAUUUUAACUUCUUUCUCAAAUUCUCAAAACCUAACACAAUCUACUUAAAAUUUGUAAUGAACUGUAUAUUAUUUUCAAAAUGUCAAAUUCUUCAAUAAUGUUGUUAAAAAAAUAGCUAAUAAGUUGAAAAUAAACAGCAAAUGACAAGUAAAUUUCUAGUUGAUCAUAUUACAUUCUCUUUGUAGAAAAUAUAACAUCACAUAGGUAAAUAUAAAUACAUUUCAAAGCAAAAUUGAGGGAAAAUAUAUAAAACAGAUUGUUGCGAAUAUAUCUUUAAAUUAUAAAAUAAGUUAGCAAAGAGUGUACUUUGAAUAGAUCAUGUAUAAAGCUUGUUAAAUAAAUAAACAAUUUGCAUGAACUUUCUUAAAUUUUAUAAAUAAAGCAAAGCAUUAUUUAUCUUUACAAAACAUAAUUGAUUAGUGCUACAAAUUAAUAUAGAAAAGCAAAUAUGUUUGUGAUGCAACCUGAAUAAUGGUAUUAAACUAAAAUAAACAGGGGUCUAUUUCUUGCUAUUUCAUAUAGGCACUUGUUACCAACGGGAAGGAAAAUGGCUCAAUUCAAGCCAACUAAAGGGACCUUUUUGAAAAGUUUCUUUUUAUAAACACCUACAACUGGCAAAAUUGAUACAGAUUGAAAUUGGUACACAACUUUUUUUGGACUAUGGUAUGUUUUAUUUUUGGGCACAAAAAUAUUUCACUGUAAUGAAAGCAAGAGCUUGUAUAAAAAUCGAUAUCCUCGAAUUCAGCAUUUGGCAAUGACACUGAUUUGAAAUCCUGGAUCUUUUCUUAGAAAAGAGAAAGAAAAUUAUUUAUAAAUAGGGCUCAAUUUAGAAAUUAAUUUUAAGUAUUUAAGGACUUGGGGAGAGAAUAUUGAAUAUGGUUUCUUAGUAAUGAAUUGUUAAUGUUGUAUUAAUGUAUCUUUUGUGCUUGUGGUAGUAUUACUUGAAGAUAAUUCUAUAUAUAAUGUUCACAAAUGUUAAAAAUGUGAUUAUGAAAUGCAUUGAUAAUUGUGAUAUUUCCCAAGAUUUAAAAAAUGGUAAAAUAUUGCAUUUUGUUUUAUUAAUUUCUAUAAUAAAAUGUUCAAAAAAAUAUUUGUUUUUGUUCCUUUGUUAUACUUCAGAAUUAACAAUUAAAAUUUAUUUUCAUAAAAUAUCAAACAAUAAAAGUAGAACUCAUUUCAAUACUUGCUCUUUUACUUUUAUUAUACUUGUUUAAAAUGCAUUUAGUAUGUUCAAGUAUAAUUCCAUCAGUGUUGAACCUUGACUGACAAUAUACACUGCUCUAGUUUCAAAAUAUAUAUUACUCUAACCUUAGUUGGUAGAAAGAUGCUUGUAAAAUGAGUUUUUGGACCUAAGAAACUUUCUGCAUGUUUUAUAUAAUAGGAUGGCAUAUUGUUGAUGAAAAGAACAUCCUUUGAGGCAUUUUUACAGGCUGAAUCUAGAAUAGAAUAGUGACAAAAAGGCAGUGAUCUUGUACAAAACCUUUCAGCAAA